CAACAAUAACAAUAAUAAUGCCUACCGCGUCGCCAGUACAUGUAUAUAGCACACAAAAAUAUUUCGCAACGUCGUGUGUUCGCCUCCACCAGCCAGCAGCGCCGCCAGCGAGGAAAAACCUAGACGAAGGCUCAUUGCCAGUCGGAAAGUCCAACGGAACGGUCCUGUCCAGGCCGAGGUCCUGACCCUCUCCAAGUGUCCAAAGCGAAUCUGGAACAAGCAGAAGCCCUUGCAAAGUGUGCCUCAGUCCGUGAAGGUGUGUCCUCGAGUGAAGUCAAGUCCCUAACAUUGGGUCACUUUGAUCGAUAUUUUGGAAGCACAGAGCCUACUGCGAUGUUCCCGUUGGAUAAAGAAUCUCCGGACUACUUUGAAAUCGAGAAGCGAAAAGUGGCGUCAUCAUCAUUGCUCGCGGUUUCUGGAUCUCUCAAACACGAGUGCGCGCGAUGUGCGACGAGCAGAGUAGGCUGCGGCAGUCAUCGAUCAUUGUGUGCCAUCCAGGAAGGGCUUGUGUUGGUGCGGACACUCACCCACUCUCACUCGCCAAAGAAGCCGGAUUCGAGCGCAAGCCACAUCAAUCAUGGCGCGCAGCUGUGUGUCACCCAACGAAAUCCAAGCAACCCGCGCUUGCAGACCAGCGCCCCCCAAAUUGCACGCAGCAAACCUUGAACUUCAUUCCUUCGUCACGCAACGCCCAAAAGCAGAACGGGGGUGCAAAGCAGGCGACGCCUGACCAACAAACGAAAACAACAACAAACACACAUUCGGGAGAGAGACAGAGAAGCGGAGAGAGAGAGUGCGUCGCCGAGGUGGCGAACGAG